AUGGACGACGCAUGGAGUUCAUCGAAGAAGGCGCCAGUCUGGACUGGCGGCGAAGGCGGUGGCGCAGAGGCAUUCGCGCAGGCCGUAUCCGAGAUGGUGAACCACAAGCAGGUCUACGACAUGCUCGAAACUCAAUCCCAAGUGUACAAGUCGCUCAAGACGUCGCAAGAGUCGUUGACGGCCUUCAACGACUUCUCGGCCACCCUCUACCGCAACACACACCGGGACUUUGAGCGGCGCACGAAGAUGAUCAAGGACAUGCAGAAGGACCUCGAGUAUAUCUAUCGCAAGCUCAAGUUCUUGAAGGGGAAGGUGGAGGAGGUGACGGGGGUGCCGCCGGACGUGGUGCGCGCCACCCUGCGCGAGAUGGACCGGGCCAAGGCCGCCUUCCUCGGCGAAGAGGAGGAGCAGCCACCGCAGCGGAACGACGACGAGGAGAAGGAGUCGGAGCCCGUCGGCACCACUCCGCAGCAGCAGCAGCAGCCACCACAGGCGGCGGCAGAAGCAGGAGAAGAAGCGAAGCGAGUACCUGAAGCCGAAGCCGAAGCUGAAGCUGACGAUGGCGGAAGAAGUGUGGAAGUGCAGGGGGACGACACGCCGGCGGAGCAAGCGGUGAAGGUGGAGGUGGUGAAAGAAGAAGAAGAAAAGAAAGAAGAAAAGGAGAAGGAGGAAGAAGAGCAAAACACAGAAACGAAGGGCGAAGAGGGAGAAAAGAAGGUGGAAGAGGUGGUGGAGGAAGAACCACAAACACCGCCUCCCGCUGCUUCAUCGGCGACGGCAACGUCAUCUGCCGACCAGGAACGGACGUCGGCGCCGUCCGAGGUUUCGCUGUAA